CCGCAGGCUGAGUCCUGGUUUUAGGGGGAAAGCCACAGGUUUUCACCCUCGGCUUUUGUCCCAAGCCACCGACAAAUCAAAACCCACUGAAGAUUCGCCCCCGGGUUUCGUACUUCUGAAUCCUCAGAUUAGUUCAUCCACCUGAAUGAAACCAUUGGCUUUUUCUUACCUUCUUUACUUUUGUUGUUCUUUAUAAACACAAAUGCACAAGUCAUUAUUCAUCGUCUUCUCAGUUUUCCCAAAAUUCACUAAACUCCAAUCUUCCAUGGCUUCUCUCGUACUCUUAUUGUCCGAAUUUAUUCGCCAGAGAGACCCAAAUCUGGCUCUUGCAACUACUACACUCACUCCUCCUUCCUUUUCUUCUGCUUCCUGCUCUGUUCGUGCCAAUUCGGCUGCUAGAAAACCAGAGAGAAAUGAAGCUGCAGGCAAGAAUGAUUAUGACACAGAGGAAGAUCCGCUUGAGUUAAAAGUUACUGCAAAGAGAAGAGGUUGGUAAAAAGUAGCGGCACCGCAGAUUCCAUGAGCAAGCUGUUACAGCCUCAUAGGUUGUUGAUGGUAAGGAUGGAAGAGACGGCACAUGGAAGGAGUCCACCGGGAAGCACACCCGCUAAUCACGUUUGGAAACAGUAAUCAUAAAAUCUACUAUUAUUCGUCUAACUGCUUCUCCGCUCUUCUAGUUUCUCAAAUCUUCAAUCCAUCUCCUUCUCUAUUCAACUCCACAACGACACGCGACCGGAGCUGCUAAAACUUCAAUAGUAGAGAAUCAUUGCAUCGGAUGCAAUAAUGGCAGUCUUGACAAGUUUAACAUUGGAAUGCCCAAGAAAUGGCCAUUGCUCCGAUUGGGCUAGAGAGUAUAUGCAAUACUGUCUUUGCAGCGUCAGAGACAAAGUUUCCUUAACGCUCGGUCUGGUCAGCGUAAUCAGUUGGUGUGUUGCAGAGAUACCGCAGAUCGUCACUAACUACAAGGAUAAAUCUGCCGACGGCCUCUCCAUUGCUUUCUUGACCACAUGGACUCUUGGAGAUCUUUUCAACCUUUUCGGAUGCCUGUUGGAACCAGCUACACUUCCAACACAAUACUAUACUGCAGUGCUGUAUACAGUGACAACCCUAAUACUUGUUAUGCAAAGUGUAUACUAUGGUCAAAUUUAUCCUCAACUAAAAUACAGGAAAAAUCAGAAGAUUAAUAGCGAGGCAGAGGUAGCAGAGAUGCGCAAACAAGUCAGCAACACUGACACACGGAGGUUUAGAGCUGAUACCGGACAUCUUUUGAGCACACCUAUUCCUCUUCCGGUGGCCCAACCAAAUAAUUCCCCUGGAAGGGAACUAUACUACAGGUCUGCAAGAUCCCUGUCAAGCAGUUAUAAUCCAACGGCAGGAUCUCUUUCAGCUCAAAGAAUGACCCCGCCCCAUAGUUCUUCUAUUGAAGAGCCCUUUCUCGUUAGAGGUUUGUCCACACCGUCGGUGCCGGCUCUGACCACCAAAAGCAUAGUAACCUCGGUGUCUGCAAUAAUGCUUCUUGCCCUGAGAUCCUUGACUCUUAACAGAUCCCCUGUUCUUCUACCAGCAUUUAAUUCCUUUCCCUAUUUAUUUUGUAAGAGAGAAUUGGAAUUCAAGCCCGGUGUACUUGAAAUAUGGUUUCAAUUUCAGGUCAUUGGUGGGAAUAUGGUACACAGUUUUGAAGACAGUGGAUUUGGAAGUUUCCUUGGUUGGGUGAUGGCAGCUGUUUACAUGGGUGGACGUCUUCCUCAAAUAUGUUUAAAUAUUAGAAGGGGUAAUGUUGAGGGUCUAAAUCCAUUGAUGUUUUUCUUUGCUUUAGUUGGGAAUGCCACCUAUGUAGCGAGCAUCCUAGUCAGCAGUCUGGAAUGGUCAAGGAUCAGACCGAAUCUACCAUGGCUGGUAGAUGCAGGAGGCUGUGUGCUGCUUGACACUUUAAUACUAAGUCAAUUUAUUUAUUUUCGCUAUUGCUUUCGCCCCCAAGAUGCAGAUGAUAAGCAAGAGAAUCUUGAUGUUGCUUAGAUUGGCACAAAUAAGUGUUUUUUUUCUUCUGAGGAUAUGUUGAAAAGCGCUACUACAUAAGGAUGAGUCAGCAUGUUUGCAGCCAAGCAAACUACAAAAGUGAUUCACAUGAGUACAAAGACAAACUGGUGUUCCUGCACUACUCGGUCUAGACUUGUUCGAUCAGUAAAGAACAGGCAUUUUUUUUUAUAUUUCAGUCUUGUAUUUUCAUCUGUUUCAUUGAUGCUUUAUGCAUGCUGGUUAUAAGAUAUGGGCCAACUCUGUUGCGGCUCUCUUUUGAUCUUUCAUCUUUGCUAAGUGCAACUUCAAUUCUUUUCAAGAAUAGUGUUUAUCUUUUCCAUUACCUUUUCAAAGUUUUGCCGGUUGAACUUAAAA